GUUGAACUACGUAUUAGUUUUUCAUCACUUUGGCAAUACUAAAUUUGGAACUCAAAAUGACAAAAUGCUCAAUUAUUAUCGGAAUUUUUCUGAUCGCGGCAAUCAAUGGACAAGCGUCUAAAAGGCGGAUUCAGUACGAAUCGGUUUCACAGUUUUUGUUUCAUAACUCUAAAUUAUGCGGUGAUCCAUUUUCUGAUGCUGUCUGGCUUCCUGUACUCGAUUUAUGUUCUAUCGAGUGUGAAAUAACAUCCGAAUAUUGUGUGGAAAAUGAGGAACUUACACAACAAUGCAAGAAAUUACCGGAAGAUUGCCAGGCUCUUCUCCGAAAAGCAAUCAAACAAAUUCAGAGACAUAUUCGAUCACAAAAGCCAGUUUACCUUUAGAUAAUUUCUAUCUCACUAAUUUUUGUAAAUUUGAACAAUAAAGACUCUUGAAU